AUGACGGUGGACAGUGCCGCGCUGCUGAAGCCGCCGGGCGGAAGCUCACCGCUCCACCGGAAGCACAGCGGGAGCGCGGAGGACUACGUGGACAGCGCGAAGGUCACCGGUACGUGCGAUGGCCAUGUGGGGAGCAUGCAUCUCCCCCACUGCGUCUUGAACGUCAUCAUGGCGGUCUUGGGUGCCGGACAGCUCACUUUGCCCUAUGCCAUGAAGCUCUUGGGUCUCCCUUUGGGAUUCUUCUCACUAUGCUUCUUCACUGUCCUUUCAAUGCAUUCCGUGAAGACGCUCAGCAUUCACGAGCUGGAGUUCACUCCCUCAGGCCAAUGCUUGGAGUCCUACUCAGAGCUGGUGACUCGUAUGAUGGGUAUUUCGGGAUCUUUGCUUUGUCAGCUACUGCUGGUCGCCUAUGCCUGGGGCGGUGCUGUGGCCUUUCUGGUGAUCUUAAAGGAGCAGUUCCAAUUCCUUUUUCAUAACGACUUGGCAAAAUAUUGCGGAGAAGAAGAUGUUGGCCGGGUCUUGCUUUGCAUCAUGUCAUUGGUCUUCUUGUGGCCUCUAAGCUCUCGUCAAGAUCUCUCCUUUCUGAAGAGUUUUUCCUGGCUUGGCUGUGUGGCCGCCCUGGUCAUCACCAGCAUCACCUUCGUUGGUUGGAGAUAUUUGGACGAGUAUAUUGAAGACAGCUCGCCCACACCGACGCCCACACCCACGUUGAUGAAUUUGGCAGCAGCACUGCCUUUGCUGGCAUUUUCCCUUAACUCAACUUGGGCGUUCAUCCCGGUCUUGUGCACCUUGUCAGAGAAGCAUGAGAAGCGCAGUCGCAUGGAUCAAUUGAUUUUCUUCAGCAAUUUUCUCAUCUUCGCGAACUACACAGUCCUUGCGGUGUGUGGCUACAUGACCUUCGGCCAAGAAGUGAAAGCAAACAUCAUUGACUCUUUGGGUCACGUGCGCUGGGGCUCUUGGUGGAUGUCUUGGGGAGUUUGUGGUGCCAAGGUGUUCCUGUGCAUACAGCUCGCCUUGGCCCUACCAUUGCGCUUCUUCGUUGCCCGGAAGACCCUCCUGGAGUUUGUCGGUCGUAAGACGCCCAACGGACUGGAGAGAGCCUGCGUCGCUUUCUUCUUGGUCUCCUUGGCGACCUGCGUGGCCUUGCCCCAAGUCUCCCUGGCCACGGUUUUGGGCUAUGUCUCCAGUCGAAAAUUCUCUUCGCUGGUGAGUUUGAUUGUGGGGCUGUUUGUCCUCUUCGGCGGUGUUUAUGCCAAUUACGCUGGGGUGGCCGUUGGCAGCUGA